GUCACCGUCUAAUCCUUUAGCGUCUUCCCUGACUUUCUCUUUGGUGUUGCGUAUAUGUGCCGUGGAACAUUUGAGAGUGAGACGUUGGAUAUGUGCAAAUAAGUGCAAGGAGUGGAAGCCAAAGUUGAAGUAUGACUAUGCAACGGGCGAAAAUAAAGUGCGGCCUUCCAUAUCUUGCGAAACCAUGGAAGGUCUGCAGUUUUAUGGCGUGAAUUCGAAGAGGCAUCAUCAAUUGGUGCACAGAAAAAUCCUAAUAUUUUGACUGCUAGUGUCGGUUGCUGGAUCUGGAUCUGGAUUUGCUUCAGGAGAGGCUCAUGCUCAUUGUUGUCCAGGAAACCAGGUGAAGCUGACCGCAACAUCAUUUCCGGAGUAUGUCGCCGAUAUAACUAUAAGCAACGUCGAGGAGCUGCUAAUUGAAGGAGACACCAUCGCAGCCUUGGACUCCCUGAAGAACAUCAAGUUCACCAACAUUGACACGCUGACUCUUUUGCCCCGCUCCAUGGCUCGAGUCAAUCAGUUGCGCUCGAUAUCGGUAGACAUUAGUAAAGUAAAGAGCCUAGAGGUACACAAAGAGGCAUUUUCUCAGUGGGGAAACUCUCAGUCACGGGUCUCUAUUGCGGAUGUAGAUAACUGCCAGAUGCUUCAUGCGGCUGUAAAGUUCACAAAACUAAGUGCUCUAUUUUUCCAUAACGUAACUAACCUGAGCAUUGGUAGUGGCGCCUUCAGUGAAAGUUCUAUAGGUGAGAUCAGGAUAGCGGAGGCCAGAUCUGUUUCCAUCUCCUCCGGAGCAUUUACAUCCAACGUCACCGCUGAAAGAAUGAUUACGAUAGACGUCGAUACCCUCAUUUUGGAUCCGGAGGCAUUGUCACAGUCGUCAACGAUUCAGGAAGCAGUUAUAGAGCGGGUGCACAGCCUGCGAAUUGCCCCAGGUGGAAUCGAGGCGGACAUCGACAUGCUGACUAUUAGAGAUGCUACCAUGACAACUUGCGAGGAAAACACAUUUGGGGGCAUGAUCAAAUCAAUGUCAUUGUCUUACUUUCACAUCAAUAACUCAUUAGCCAACUGUAUUUCGGCAGAUACGGGAUGGAAGAAACUAAUUGUGGACAACUGUUAUUUCGCAAAAAUCGAGCCACUCGCUAUCCACGGAUCCAUUGAACAAGUCGAAAUCAAGCAGAGCUUCUUCGGAGUCAUUGAAGGAGGAGGCUUAACACUGAAUACAACGGGGUUCUCCGUCCAAAGAAACACUUUUGAAGACCUGUCAGAUAGGGCACUUGAAGUGCAUGCCACAAGGUGGAUCAAUUUGACGCAAUGCACCAUCAAUGUGCUGAGAAAGGAUGCCUUCAGCUCGCUUAACUUGGAAGGAGGUGCUAAAAACCCAGUCAGAAUGGAGAACUUUGAGGUCAAGACCCCCGAAAACGGUUCAAUGCACUUCGCUCGGGAAGAAAGUAUCCUGAUAUUAAGAUUGAAACUCCAUAUUCCAUGCACUUGCACUUUGGAAGAUAUGGAAGCAGUAGGUCUGGUCGACAUGGGGAAACUAAAUGACGCUCGAAGACGGAGACAGAGCCUAUUGUUGUAUCAAGUUCGUUGUAAGAGUGACAGUACCUGGUCCACUUUAGGAGAGUAUCACCUAGAAUUCUGCCCACAUACCACCACCACUACCACCACUACCACCACCUCCACGACGAUGAGACCCUCCACUUCUAUGAGGCCAAGCACCACUUUGGUUACAGACACCUCUGUGAGACACGCCGCCACCCUGAAGCAUGGUACUUAUACCAGUCUCCCAGCCGAGACUGUAGAUGGGUAUCGUGAGGAAUCAGAGUCCGGCUAAACGCAUGUUGCCGCCAUUUCCAGCGCGUGGGUCGCCUUGCUGAUAAUUGGAAUUCUUCUUACAAUUCAAAUGUUCAUAAUUAUUUCAUGCAUUUUGCAACGCUGGAAACACAUGCGAUCGGCGGGGAGUGAAACGGGCAACACGAGCAGCGAAGCGACCCAAAUUCGCAAAAGGACAAGUCCCCGAGCGUAUGAAGACCCCGUGCCCUCACAGCGUCUGUUACACCCUACGCGCGAUCUCACACUCACUCGGAACGUUGGCACGAUGACUGUCAGCGCGCUCAGCCAGGCACCCGAUAGGAGAGUCCGAUACAGCCCGGCCAGCACCAGAUCCGUCCGGUCCUUCACCAGCUGUGACACGGACUCGGGGAGGAGCUCGGUGAACGUCUGCCUCCUGCCCCUGACGGUACACUCUCCGGUCGAAGAGCUCCAGGGACAGACGCACAGGGGUAUAAGCAUGCAGAUGCCCGGCUACUGCUCAGUGACCCGCCCUCGAGCCGCCCCCGGCCGGGCCGACGACAGGCGCCGCCACCAGCGCAGCAACAGCGAAACCAGCGACUCGGAGGAGAGGCGACGCCCGCUGCCCGGGUACCCCAUGAAUCGGCGCAAGGACCCGCGCAUUCAGCGACUGGCGCGUGAUCCACGCUGGGCACGUGGGGAGUACCUCUCCGAGAUGCAGUUUUAAGAUUGUGUUCAUUUUUGUUUUGUUUCAAUCACGGUAGGGGAAACUUGAGUAGCUAAGAAUACUGAAUAGGCAUAAGUAUUAAGUAUGUUGAAUAGUGAAAUUGUAAUGCGUGAUCAGCGAUAAGUACCUUCACAUGACUGUAAAGCACUUGAAAAUCAAGCUAUUCUUAGUCAUAUAGGCAUGUAAAUGAUCCGGGGUGGGAUGCACUGCGGUACAGUCUGCCCUCCCGGCGCGGCGCUUCGUGUAUUGCGGCGCAGUCUAAGCACAGUCAAGUCCGCGACAUUGAACGGCGUCUCGACGUCGUGAGAGCGAACGAACGGGUAAUUCCGCAGCGUCUCGAUGCGAUUCCGCGUAUUUUGUUGCUGAUGCCAAUGCAAAUACAGAAUGCAAUAUCGACGCUCAGCCGAGACGAGAUUGGUGAAUACAUUUCGGCCUGCACUCCCGACUCUCGUUCAUUUCGGAUACACAAGAGCCACUGGUCGCUCUAAGUUAUCGCCAUCAGUCCCCCCAUCAGUUUACGUCACCAGCCAGUCGUACCGUCAGUUCGGUAUCAGUUGUCCAGCCCCGACACCAGCUGCUCAGUGACCCAGCCAGUCGACCUGAGCCAGCCAGAUCCAGAGCCAACCAGAGCCAGUCGACCUGAGCCAGCCGGCUGACACGUCCGCCCGUCCGGCCACUGCCGACCGACUGACUGCGCAGCACCAGACUGACAGUCACGCUGGCAGUUGGCACUCGAUCUGAUGGGUGCUUCUGUCAGGGCUGAGUGCGGACCGA